UUAAAUCAAUGCUUCACCCUUCGCUUGAGGGUCACAGGGUGGCUUACAGUAUUAAAACAACCGGUGGAGCCCCUCUGUUGCCUAGGAGCAUGCGCAGAGUGCCGCGGCGGAAAACCUGGCCUCUGAGAAUUCAGAAGGAAUAAGAAAUAACAUGUUGGAUCCCUCGUGGGGUGUUAAACCCAGGGAAGGCUGCCCCCUCUGCCCGCCAAGACUUGGCAAAUUUGUAACCGGAGUCACAAGGCUCCGGGUUAAUUUCCCAACGCGCCCAAUUAAUCAUUUAUUUCUUUUAUUUUAAAAAAAUGUGUCUUGAAAUGCAAUUGGCAGGGAGGGGGGGUGAGGCCAGAGUCCUCGAGCAAUGGGCUCCCUUUUUGCUGGGAAAGGCUUAGGGGGGCCAAGAGCAGUGGCUGGAUGGCUCAGUGGGUAGAGCACGAGGCUCUUGAUCUCUGGGUUGUGGGUCACAGCCUCACGUGGGGCAGAAAGAGGGGGUUGGACUAGAUGUCCCUUGGAGGUCCCACCCAAAUCUACAAUCCUAUCGUACAGUGAUGUUGACGAUGAGGAUGGCAGUCGCACAAACCCCAGAGUCCUCCCCAUUUCGGUUCUUCCAGUUCAACCAGUCAUGCCCUUCCGCCGCUUCUCCUGCCAGGCUGGGACGCUUGCCAGGACUCCCUGGGGAGGAGUGGGGUGGGGGCAGGGGGUGGGGAAGGGUGCUCCAAGGUGCCUGCAUGCCAUGGGUGCUCCUCCCUCUGCUUGGAUUAUUUUGCUUCCUUUUCAAUCCUCUCCACCGGGCGAAGGAGGGAGAGCCUUUGUGUUGAAGUUCCCCGCAAGGUGAGGGGUCCGAGUUCGAGAAGCAAAAGGAGCGAGAGAGGCCUCCAAACUGGACAGGAACAGGUGGCGGCCCCUUCCAAGGUUUGGCCACCAUGCGUCGAAGCCGGACGACGGUGUCCUUUCUGAGUAUGGAGAGAUCCCGAGAGCAGCUGGACUUGGGCCCUGGCGUCGGAGCUCUCCCAGGAAACGCAGUCAAGCGCCGUUUCUCAGGGACGCUGUUGCUUCCGCCCCUCGUCUCCCGGCAUGUGGCAGGCAGUGACCUUAGCCGUGCCCCAGAGCCAGAACACGGCAGGGUUGUUUUCACCAUCGAGGAGACCGCCCUGGCCAGCACCGAAGGCACCAGCCUUAUGAGUUUUGACCUCGAGAAUGGCUUCUCCCCGGGACGGACCCCUCUGGACGCCCAGACCCACCCCGGCCUGGGGCUGGUGCUGCAGGGGGCCACCCCUCAUGGCCAGCGCCGCGAGUCCUUCCUCUACCGCUCAGACAGUGACUACGACCUCUCACCCAAGGCCAUGUCCCGCAACUCCUCGGUCGCCAGCGACAUGCAUGGAGAAGACUUGAUUGUCACUCCUUUUGCACAGGUCCUGGCCAGCCUGCGGACGGUGCGCAGUAACUUCGCCAUCUUGACCCACCUGCAGGAACGCCUCAGUAGCAAGAGAGCAUCUGGAGUUCCCAACCUGCCACCCACGUCUAAAGUCAACCUGCCAGAAGAUGCAUCCCAAAAGUUGGCCGUGGAAACCCUGGAAGAGCUGGACUGGUGCUUGGACCAGCUGGAGACAUUGCAGACGAGGCAUUCGGUCAGCGAGAUGGCCUCCAACAAGUUCAAAAGGAUGCUGAAUCGGGAAUUGACCCACCUCUCUGAAACCGGCCGCUCCGGAAACCAAGUCUCGGAGUACAUCAGCAGCACUUUCUUGGACAAGCAGCAUGAAGUGGAGAUCCCAAACCUGGUCCCUAAGGAGAAGGACAAAGAGAAGAAGAAGAAGAAGCGGCCGAUGUCGCAGAUCAGCGGCGUGAAGAAACUGACGCACGGGUCCAGCUUCCGCUGCGUGGCCGCCAUCCCUCGCUUCGGGGUCAAGACGGAGAAGGAGGGUCUUCUGGCCAGGGAACUGGAAGACGUGAACAAGUGGGGCCUGGAUGUCUUCAAGAUUUCCGAGUAUUCUGGCCAUCGGCCUUUGACAGUCGUCAUGUACAGCAUCUUCCAGGAAAGAGACUUGCUGAAAUCCUUCCAAAUCCCCGCCGACACCUUCAUCACCUUCAUGAUGACCUUGGAGGACCACUACCACGCGGACGUGGCCUACCACAACAACAUCCACGCGGCCGACGUGGCCCAGUCCACCCACGUCCUGCUCUCCAUGCCGGCUCUGGAGGCCGUCUUCACCGACUUGGAGAUUUUGGCCGCCAUCUUUGCGGCCGCCAUCCACGACGUCGACCACCCCGGGGUCUCCAACCAGUUCCUGAUCAACACCAAUUCGGAGCUGGCGCUGAUGUACAACGAUGCGUCGGUACUUGAGAACCACCACCUGGCUGUGGGCUUCAAGCUCUUGCAAGAGGAAAACUGCGACAUCUUCCAGAACAUCUCCAAAAAGCAACGGCAGUCUCUUCGCAAGAUGGCCAUCGACAUGGUCCUGGCAACAGAUAUGUCCAAACACAUGAACCUUCUGGCUGAUCUGAAGACGAUGGUAGAGACCAAGAAGGUCACCAGUUUGGGGGUCUUGCUUUUGGACAACUACUCCGACCGCAUUCAGGUGCUGCAGAACAUCGUUCACUGCGCAGACCUCAGCAACCCGACCAAACCCCUGGAGCUGUACCGCCAGUGGACGGACCGGAUCAUGGUGGAAUUCUUCCACCAGGGAGACCGGGAGCGGGAGAAGGGCAUGGAGAUCAGCCCCAUGUGCGACAAGCACAACGCCUCCAUAGAGAAGUCCCAGGUGGGAUUCAUCGACUACAUCGCUCACCCUCUCUGGGAAACCUGGGCUGACCUCGUCCACCCGGACGCCCAGGAGAUCUUGGACACCCUCGAAGACAACCGCGAAUGGUACCAGAGUAUGAUCCCACACAGCCCCCCGCCGCCCCCCGACGGGCUGGCGUCCGAGAAAGGAGCCCCUGACAAGUUCCAGUUCCAGCUCACGCUGGAAGAGGAAGACGGAGAGGAUUCGGGCGCCGAGAGCCCCCUGGAAGAAGACCACAGCGAGGCGAAAACCCCAGGGACCACCGAUGACUCAGAGUCGGCCCCCGAGCCUCUGGCGUCCCCCAUGGACAAGCAGAGCAGCCCCCCAAGGAACGUCCUGGCGAUGCAGAACUUUGAUAACCAGAGGACACUCUUGCAGAGUGACGGGGGCUCAGCCACGGGGGCCACCACCAAAAGGAGCACAACCGAGGCUGGUCUUGAUCAAGAAGGGAAUAUCACCUUCCUGCCCCUUGGGACGUAACGGGGAAGAGGGGUUGGGGAAAAGGCACUGUUGUCGCUCCAUCUUGGCGGCGUCACGGGGUGGGUGUGUCUUGAAAGGCCUCUCCGCCACCGGAAAAAGGUCCGCCAUGGUGGUCUCCUUGCCUUCUUCCCGGGAAAACUGUGGAAGAACGCCAACGGCGGGCGUGUGCCCAGGGGCAGAAGGCCACGCCUCGCCCCUCCUGUCUUCCUCCCACCAUUUUCCACCCUGGGUUGUGCCACAAGCCCAGCCAUGGGGAGAAAUCUUCCCCCUUCCUCCUGGGACCUGCGUGGUUCCAAUGCGGACCGAGCCCACGGGAGAAGAGGAUCCAUGGGUGACCGCAAGCUUUGUGGGCAGAGGGUCGCAAGUUCCGUCCCUGACAACUCCCGUUUUUUAAUUUUUUUAAUGAUUUUGGGUAACCUCAACAGGCUGAGAAAAGGCCUUUUUCCCCGUCUGUGAGACUGACUUUGAGGAUCCGUUGGGGGUCUGUCUAAAUGCACAUGAACCACCCGACUUGCAUUCUCUCCAAAUGUUGGUUUCACUGGUGGGGUGGCGGAGCUUGGGCUGUGCGCGGUCCAGGUUCGAAUCCCGCUUCUUGGUCCAGGUUCGAAUCCCACUUCGGCUUGAGACCUUGCGUGCGACGUGGGGAUGGAUGGGUGAGUUGCACUGGACUUGAAAAGGCCCCUUUGGGUGUUGCUUCUGCAAGCGGAGGGCUGUGCAGAGAGAAAGCACCCAACGCCACUCUCCCCAGCACAAGCAAACCAGUAUCCCUCCAGUGACCCGAGAAAUUAUCCAGUUAUUGCUCUUCACCCGACAGGCUCCCCCAGGGAGAUUCACCUCCUUCCUCUUCUCCCUUUCUAAGUCUCCUCCUGGAACCUGCAGGAAUCCAGGCCUUGCUCCACGUUUUCUCGCCCCCGAUAUCCGCACUGGAAACAAACUUCGGCAGGCUAACGUCCCGCGCUGUCUUUUCUCCUCGAUGGAAAUAUUUAUAGACAGCUAUUUUUAAAAAAGAAGAAGAAAUCUGCCAUGUUUUUUCUCUUCAAGGCACUGCUUCAGAGUGAAAACACCCUGUACAUUUCCUCCCCCACCCUCUCCAUUUUCCAUUUUCCCCUUUUGCAGUGCCCCCCCCCCAGAAAGGGCAGAACGGAUAUAAAUACUUUCAGGAUUUGGGAAGAGAUGAAGCUGGGUAUUUUUAAAAGGAGAUCGGGGUUGGGGAUGUUCUCGGGAACAAAACAGGAAGUGAAUAAGACAUCCAGGGGGGUGUAUGUGAGGGGGAGAGACCCUGCGGGGUGAAUUCAUCUUUAGAGCAGACCCCUUAAGACUCUAAGAAUCUUAUAUACAGUGGUACCUUGGUUCUCAAACUGAAUCUGUUCCGGAAGUCCGUUCCAAAACCAAAGCGUUCCGAAACCAAGGUGCGCUUUCC